UCUCCCAUCGGCGUCUUCCUCUUCACUCCUCCAUCUACUCCUACUCCACUGAUCCGCUCCCACCUCUCGCCUCGCCUCACCACUUCCGCUGCAUCAGCAGCAGCCGCGCGUGGUGCCAAAUCACAUAAAAAUCCCAGCUGCUCCUCCCGCGCUGGGUUGAUCGAUCGCCACGCGCGCGGCGUGUUCCCCUUGGCGUUUGUAGAUGGGCUCCUCCUCCCUCCUCCUCUUCCCCUCGUCCUCCUCCUCUGCCGCCGCCUCCCACUCUUAUUCUCAUGCCACCAUCACCUCCUCCUCUCAUUCCUUAUUGCCACCGCUCCCCUCUACACACCUCCCCUCCCAAGACCACAUCCUCCUCCGCUGCAUCCAACAUCUAGAUCACCACCAAGAACCCGCCGCCGCCAUGGUCCGCAAGCGCCCCGCGCCCGACAUGGACCUGCCGCCGCCGCGGCGCCACGUCACCGGCGACCUCUCCGACGUCACCGCCGCCGCUGGUGCGCCGCCGCCGUCGGACUCCAGCGCGCAGCUGCCCGCGUUGCCCACUCAGCUUCCCGCGUUCCAUCAGCACCCGGAGAUAGACGCCGCCGCACCCCCGGCGCAAGAACAGGCGGGCGAGGUGGCGUCGUCGACAACGGCAUGGGUGGACGGCAUCAUCCGCGACAUCAUCGGGAGCAGCGGCGCGGCGGUCUCCGUCACGCAGCUUAUCCACAACGUCCGCGAGAUCAUCCACCCCUGCAACCCCGGACUCGCCUCCCUCCUCGAGCUCCGCCUCCGCUCUCUCCUCACAGCCGACCCCGCCCUGCCGCCGCCUCCCCAUCCUCCUUCCCUCCUACAUAACACGACACCCGCCGCCCCAACGGUCGCGGCGCUCCCUCCCCCUGCCCCGCUUCCAGACAAGCGCCACCAGGAGCUGCGGUGUCAGGAGGAGCCGAACCCGCUGCCGCAGUCGCCAAAGGCCCCCACCGCGGAGGAAACUGCCGCCGCAGCCGCGGCCGCCGCAGCGGCCGCUGCUGCGGCCGCGAAGGAGAGGAAAGAAGAGCAGCGGCGGAAGCAGCGUGACGAGGAGGGGCUGCACCUCCUGACGCUGCUGCUGCAGUGCGCCGAGUCCGUGAACGCGGACAACCUCGACGACGCGCACCAGACGCUGCUGGAGAUCGCCGAGCUCGCCACGCCGUUCGGCACCUCCACGCAGCGCGUCGCCGCCUACUUCGCGGAGGCCAUGUCUGCGCGCCUCGUCAGCUCCUGUCUCGGCCUGUACGCGCCGCUGCCGCCCGCGUCCCCCGCCGCGGCCCGCCUCCACGGCCGCGUCUCCGCCGCGUUCCAGGUGUUCAACGGCAUCAGCCCCUUCGUCAAGUUCUCGCAUUUCACGGCGAACCAGGCCAUCCAGGAGGCGUUCGAGCGGGAGGAGCGCGUCCACAUCAUCGACCUCGACAUCAUGCAGGGGCUGCAGUGGCCGGGGCUCUUCCACAUCCUCGCCUCCCGCCCCGGCGGCCCGCCCAGGGUCAGGCUCACCGGGCUGGGCACGUCCAUGGAGGCGCUCGAGGCCACAGGGAAGCGGCUCUCGGACUUCGCCGACACGCUGGGGCUGCCGUUCCAGUUCUGCGCGGUGGCGGAGAAGGCCGGGAAUGUUGACCCGGAGAAGCUGGCCAUCACGCGGCGCGAGGCCGUCGCCGUCCACUGGCUACACCACUCGCUCUACGAUGUCACCGGCUCCGACUCCAACACGCUCUGGCUCAUCCAGAGGUUGGCACCGAAGGUGGUGACAAUGGUGGAGCAGGACCUCAGCCACUCAGGCUCCUUCCUGGCGCGUUUCGUCGAGGCCAUCCACUACUACUCCGCGCUGUUCGACUCGCUGGACGCGAGCUACGGCGAGGACAGCCCGGAGCGGCAUGUCGUGGAGCAGCAGCUGCUGUCGAGGGAGAUCCGCAACGUGCUGGCCGUGGGCGGCCCGGCGCGCACGGGCGACGUCAAGUUCGGGAGCUGGCGCGAGAAGCUUGCGCAGUCGGGGUUCCGUGCGGCGUCGCUCGCAGGCAGUGCGGCGGCGCAGGCCUCGCUGCUGCUCGGCAUGUUCCCCUCCGACGGGUACACGCUCGUUGAGGAGAACGGUGCUCUGAAGCUCGGCUGGAAGGAUCUCUGCCUGCUCACUGCAUCCGCUUGGCGCCCAAUUCAGACUUCAGGCCGUUGAAGUUUGAGAGCAAAUUUGCAGAGCUAGAGUAUCACUAGAUCUUACUUAGAGCCUCUUGCCUAGUUCUUUUGCCUCUUUAGCUAGCUGCUCAAUUUGGUCAAUUAUGAGAUAUGAAAAGGAAAACAUUUCUGAUCACUAAUUGCUAGAAAUCUCCAUAGUGAUAGUUACUAAUGUUGGCUUAGUUUCAUGGUAGAUUUCUCAUGUUUGUGUGUUUAUUAGUUCUUAUUGCUUCCAUGGGUGCCAUUAUCCUUCCGUACAAAUCACAUUCCACGAGUGAGAAUUUGGGUAUUUUGUGAGUUCGCCAUCCCCAUCAAGCAAUCCCACUUCACUAGUAGUUCUUUGCUGAGUCUUCUUUUUAGCUUCUUGG